AUGAAAUAUAUCGAUCUGAGUAGAAAUCAGUUGUCGGGUGAAUUGUCACCAAACUGGGGAGCAUGCACCCAGCUUUCGUACUUCAGAUUAUCGGAUAACAUGAUAUCAGGUAAAAUCCCACCAGUUCUCGCAAAGUUGAAAUCUCUGGAAGAUAUUAGCCUCUCAUCAAAUAAACUGUCAGGUCAGAUUCCAGUGGAUAUGUUCAACUCAGAUUCAGUUAUAUUCAAUCUAAACUUGAGCAGAAAUCAAUUCUCAGAUAAGAUACCUGUAGAGGUUGGAAAAUUAGCACGUCUGCAAAAUUUGGAUUUGUCCUUAAACAACUUCAGCGGGCCUAUACCAGGGGAGAUUGGGGACUGCCAUGACAUAAUAUCCUUGAAACUCAAUGACAACAAGUUAAACGGACCAAUUCCAUACCAGGUUGGGAAUCUGGGGGCUUUGCAGUCAAAUCUUGAUCUUAGUCAAAAUGAACUCGAUGGAGAGAUAUCACCACAGCUUGGGAAUUUAAGAAACUUGGAGACCUUGAACCUCUCUAACAACAAGCUAUCUGGUUCAAUACCCUCUUCUCUACAGGGUAUGCUAAGUCUUACAUCUAUUGAUCUUUCAAAUAACAAACUUGAGGGUCCAGUUCCAGAUGUGAAUGCAUUCGAAAAAGAUCCAGUCAAAGCCUUAGGAGGUAAUCAAGGUCUGUGCAGUAAUGAGUUGAAGGGUUUGAACCCUUGUAGUGGUACACCUUCAUCCAAUAAUCGCAGCAAAAGCAAUAAAUGGAAGUUGACCAUUGCGGUAGUUGUUCCAGUUGCUGUAUCGCUGAUUCUUCUUCUGAUUCUGUUUGCAAUUUUCUGCUGCUACCGUAACCACAAAGAAGACUCGGAUGAGGAAAACCUAGAUUCAGGCGGCGACGGUUCAUUUUCAGUAUGUAACUACAAUGGAAAGGUAGUUUUCAAGGAUAUUGUAAAGGCUACAGAGAAGUUUGAUGAGAAAUACUGCAUAGGAAAAGGUGGACAAGGAAGCGUAUACAAAGCAACACUUCAAAAUGACAUAACUUUUGCUGUAAAACGCCUCCAUGAUACUUCAUCAUCCAGUGAACAUGCAUCUUCAGAGGUGACGCGCUACAAGAGUUUUAAGUCCGAAGUACAUGCACUGAUAAACAUACGGCAUCAAAAUAUUGUGAAAAUUUACGGUUUCUCUUCGAGGAAGGACGAUAUGUUCUUGGUAUAUGAAUAUGUGGAGAGGGGUAGCUUGUCGAAUGUGUUGUAUAAUGAGAACGAGGCAAAGAAUUUGGACUGGUCAACGAGGUUAAAGAUUAUCAAAGGUGUGGCACAGGCCUUGUCUUACUUGCACCACGACUGUACCCCGCCAAUUGUGCACCGAGACAUAACCGCAAAUAAUAUUUUACUAAACUCGGACUAUGAAGCAAAGGUCUCGGAUUUUGGGACGGCAAGGCUGCUACAACCAGAUGAGUCUAACUGGACAGUACCAGUCGGCUCCUAUGGAUACAUGGCUCCAGAGCUUGCAUCUACAAUGAAGGUGACAGAGAAAUGUGACGUGUACAGUUUUGGAGUUGUUGCAAUAGAACUCUUAUUCGGGAAGCACCCUGGGGAAUUCCUUUUGCACCUACAAUCUGAAGGACCUGACCUGCUUCUAGUGGAUGCAUUAGACAAGCGCCUAUCUCUCCCAGCUGGAGUAGUUGCAGAUGAAUUGGUGCUAAUAGUAGCCUUCGCUUUGGCAUGUACACGUAUAUCACCAAUUUCUAGACCGACCAUGCAUUUUGUAGGUUUAGAGCUGACAAGAAAUACAGUUCUUCCUGUCCAUGAGAACUUUCACUUGCUCACAUUGCAGAAAUUGAUGAAGAUUUUGUAAAUAAUUGAACUAUAAUGGUUAGUAAAUAAUGUAUCAAUUCGGGUGGAAUUUACUUUCAUUAAUUUCAAUUUUAUCAACCCAACCCUCCUAGACAUUGUUAAUUGGAUUCACUUCACUAACAUUCUACUACAAAUAGCAAAAAGAGGGAUUGUAAAGUGUUACAGCAUACAUAAAUAGCAGAAGAUACUUACUAAGUUACCAAUGAAGGAAAAAUUCUCCUGGCCCUUUCAUCAAACACUUGUGAAGCACUCCACUAAUGAUCGCUAUAAUCUAGGUUUCUGAAAAAACUAUUAGGGUUGGUGAUCAAAGCAAUUCCCAGAAUCAGGUGAAGAGGACUUUCCAAUAAAAGGAACUGAAUUUUUAAUGAAGUCCUCUUCUUCUGAUUUGGGAAUUGCUUUAUCGCCAGUGAGAGGAGUGAAAAUUUCUUCAAACUAUGAUUCAGCUUUAAAUGGCUACAGAUCGGAAUGCAAAACCCUGACGCACAGCGCACACUUUUAUAACACCGCUGAAUUGGGGGCCCUAGAAAAUAAUUGGGGACCCCUAACGACUAUGAUUUCCGAUAUCUAACCUUCUCGGAAUCGAGACUGAAGCAGCUCACCAGAUAAAAAUCAAGAGAGUUAGAGAUGAAAGGCAUCACUGAAACUCCGAGAAGAUCAAAAUCAGCAAAUUCUGAACCAACCACAAAACCAAACUGAAAAUAAUCCAAAACCUCACUAUCAAAAUCCACUUUGAGAGCAAAAAUUCCAGUUAGUGUAUAAGGGUUUCCAUUUCUAUCGAUAAUCACAGCAGGAAAUCCAUCAGAUUUUCAUUUGGUAUUCGUACUAAUUCAAUCAAGGAUGGGAGUGAGGUUGCAGUGGAGCGAUUUGAGGAGAAGGGUGAAGUGAAUUCUCAGAAGAAGAUUAAUUAGGAUGGGAAUGUGGUUGUUGGUAAUGAAAGAAUUAGAAGUUGGCAAGAACAAUUUGUUGCUGAGGUUGAUAAUGGGGACUAAAUGGUACAGAGUAUGAGUGUUUAAAGGUGUAGGAAAUAUGGGUUUGUUUUGAAUUUGUGAGUAAUUAUAGACAAGGAGAUGAGGCAGGGGUUAGAAGAACACACUCAAUUCAUCUUUGCAUACGGCAAGUCGUGCACUCAACAUGGUUGAGGAAAUGUCUGGGUGCUAGUUGAAGUUGUUAUUACUGUGAAUAAGGGAUUAAAAGUGGAUGUAAUGUAAUGAUCUUGCUUCAAGCUUUUGUAGGGGUAUAUGAAUUGCAGUGGAGGAACUGGUGAUUGAUAUUUGCUAGAAAUGGGGAAGAUGCAAGCGCAAUUGUUUUGAUCAAUAAAAGAUGCAAGCGCAAUGGCUAUGAAUUCAUAGUAAUUCAAAUAGUCUGGUCACUUCUUCCUGCCUUUUCUUUUGUAAGUUUUGAUCAAUUAAUAGUCAUUCUACCACAUUUCUCUUGCCCAAUUUUGGAUUUGAUUAAAUGGUGGGUGUACGGCUAAUCUGCAGAUGUGACCGAAGACGAGAAUUGGUUGGUCUAGACAUAGAUGUUGGGUAGGAAGUGCUGAUGACAGUGGUCUCUCUACUAUCAGUUUGGUGUUGGUUGUGGCCAUCAGAAGCUUAGCCGUUAAUGCAUGGAGAUGAAAGCAAGCUUUGCUCCUAACUGUUAGUAGUCAAGAAGUGAAAUUGCAGGUGUUGGCUCGAGCGUGAAAUACAAGGAAAAGAAGAUAUGGGCAGUAUGAAUCUUAUUGUGUAAUCUUCGCAUUUGGCAAUGGCAGUUAGAGUUGCGAUAAGGAGAUAACGAUAUGUUUGUUAGCCGAUUGAGAAGUUCAGGGAGUUGAAAUCAGUGGAGGAAGGUGAUUAACUGGUCGAGGAGCAGAAAGUAUUGUUGGGCAAUAUAUGGACAAAAUGGAAAGUGAAGUUGGUCCUGCUGUUGGCUGGUUUGAUUUUGCUGCGAGAAGGUACUUGGUUGAUGUUGAGAAGAAUCAGGUCUUGCCGUAACUGAUUGAAUUGCAGUGGUGAUGUAUGUGUGGCUGAGAUGGAGAAUGACUUGGCAGCAAACAUUUACUUUAGAUGUUGGUUCUGUUUGGAGGAGGGAUUGUCUACAGAUUGAAUUGUGAGAAGAGACAUGGGGUUCCUGUGUAUGUGAUAUUUGGGUCUCAUGGUGUUUGAAACUGGUUGUUGAUGCUAUUUGGUGUGAACAUGGAAUAUUGGUUAUUUGGUUGAGAUGUAACAACUGGUGGAGAUGGUUCUCAAAGGUACGGUAACGAGAAAUGGUGGUGUGAUCUGAGUGGAGAAGAGAACGAUGAUAUUUGGGAAAUUGGUACAAGGUUGUACUCAUGGGAGUCUCAGUUACAAGCUGAGAAGUUAUGUACAAGGUUCACUUAAACGAUGAUAAUAAAGAGUAGAAGAUAGGUCGCAUUGCACUGUAGGGAGAUAUGGUUAAGAGUAUUGAUGUGAUGAAUAAUUGCUGGGUGUUGCUACUAGUUAUUUGUUUGAUGAAUUACAUGCCAUCAUGGUGCUACACA